AUGUCUGAAGAGCCAACAAAUCAUCCACAACUGAGAAAACAAACAUCGAGAAGCUAUGGUAAUGAUAAUAUCAAUAAUGCCGCAUCCAUACAGCAAGCUCGAAAAGAGAAAAGAAAGUCUGAUAUGUUCAUAGCUGCUAAAUCCUUAGAUAACGAAUUACAAAGUGUUCAAAAUUUGAAAAGAUUGUCCAUCGGAUCCAUGGAUUUAUUGAUAGAUCCAGAAUUAGAGUUUAGGGUGAAUAACAAUAACAAUAUCAGUAGCAUCAGUAAUAACAACAACAAUCUCUCGAUUCACAACUCUUCCACUUCACCAUCUUCGUCAUUCUCUGCAUCCUCAUCGUCUUCCUCUUCUUCUUCAUUUGCUGUAGAUACAUCAAUAAGUCUUGAGAAAAAUAUAUCAACAAGUCCGGAAAUAUCGACUAAUAUUCCUAAUACUAUCAACAGUAACAGCAACAACAAUGACAUCACUCAAGACACAGAGGUAAGUAUCGAAGAUAGUAUCGAUGUAACACAAUCUGAAUAUUUACAUGAUGAGGCAACAUUAAAGAAAAAAACUCAAAAUGAUAUGAAUAUCGAGACAUCAAACGAUCAACCAAACUCCUUACAAAGAUCAUCACAUCGAAGUAUGAGUGGUGUUGGUUCAUUGAAAAGAAAUGGAUUGAAUAGAAGGAAAUUACCAUUUUUAUCCUCCUCUUAUGCUUCUACAUCUUCAACAUCGAAACAAUCAAUACUAUCAUCUCAAAGUGAGAAAGAUCCAACUUUUACUUCAUCUUCAUCUUCUGAUAAUUUAACUCCACAAAACUUAUUGUGGGUCCCAGCAAAUCAGCAUCCAAAUAUUAAACCAGAAAGCUAUUUAGAAUUGGUUCAAGAUACAUUACAUAAUAUUCAUCUCGAUGAUGAUAAUCACAAUAAUGAUGAUGCGAAAGUCUCUACAGAUGAUGAUUUAUACAGUAUGGAUGGCACUGAUGAAACAAACAAAGAAAACUUAAAUAUCGAUUACCUUACAAAACCGUCAACAUCAGAAUUAAGGAGAAAGAAUAAAUCUUUAGUACGAAGACCUUCAGGUUUAAGAAAAUCAUACACUGAAUUUGAAGAAUUUAACACCAGCGACGAGGAAGAUGAGACAUCCGAUUGUGAAGAGGAACAACAGCUAAGUACUGAUAAUAGCACAAAUAAUGCCAACCAUCACCAAGAUAUUAUAAUAAAUAAUAAGACUCCUGAGAUAAUAAUACCGAAAGGCAACACUAGAUCAUCAAGGUUUGUUUCACUGAAAGAUAUUACUGAAGAAUUAACAAAAAUUUCAAAUAAUGCUGGGUUGACAGAUUCAGAUGCAAUCACAUUGGCAAGAACUUUGAGUAUGGCUGGAUCAUUCCAGGAUAAUAGUAACAAUAAUCACAACAGUGACAACUUCAAUGAAGAACAAAAUGGUAAUACACCUGAAGAUGAUGAAUAUGCAUCGAACAUGUUCAUGAAAAACGGAUUGACCAUUCCAACAAGAUCUUCCUUAAGACGGAGUAGGUUUAAUACAUAUCGUAUAAGGUCAGGAUCAUCAUCAACAUCAGCACAGUCAUCGUCAUCAUCGAGAACAACAAGUGGAUCUCAAAUGACAAAUAAUAACAAAACUGUGACUGAACCAGGUAGAGGAAACCAACCGGAAGAUCAUAACAAUACGCCUGCUUCACAUUAUACGGCAAGACUUUCCUAUAUGUCGACUACAUCACCUGGUUCGAUAAGUGAUUUAUAUGAUCAUUAUCAAAAUUCAGAUUCUGAUGUAACGCCAAAAGCUGAACAACAAAAUAACAACAAUAUUGAUAAAUUAACGGCUUCUAACAGUAAUAAUACCAAUACCAAUAACAUUAACAGUAAUAAUGAACAAUAUAAUAUAAGUUCAGAUCUUAGUCAUGCUUCAGUUUCACAAGAUAGUAGUUUUCUAUCAAACGAAAGUUCAAAUAAUAGUAUUCUUAUCAAACCACAAAGUUCUCAAUCCAUGUUACAGGAGAAUAUAGACAAUCAAACAGAGUCACCAGCAUGUGAAUUACCAGUCGACAGUACAAGACAAAAUAAUAACGAAAAACAGCAACAACAACAACAGCAGCAUCUUCAUAAGCAUGCGAAUGAUGACAAAAACCAGAAACAAGAUCAAGAAAAUAAUCACUUAUUUUCCAAGCGGAAUGGUUGGCACUGGUCAUCACAAAAGAAUCCUAUAGAAUCAAACACUGAGCUAUCUCAAGCUAAUCAGACAACCACUAAUAAUAAAAGUCGUCACCUUCAAUUUUUCUCUCAUUCAGCCGAUUUAAAGGAUGAAUCAACGAACUCCAGUACAACUGACACUGAUACUAGUACACUUGCCCAAAAAAAGGAAACAUUCGAUAAAAAAUUUGCUAAAUUGUUUAAAAGAAAAAGUCAUGAAAAUAAAAAUAUACUUAAGACAAAGAGCUCAAACUCAAGUCUUUCUAAAUUUAGGAAACAUGCUAAGAAGAGCGAUACAAGGUUAUUAUCAAAUACAAACAAAGUUGGUACUUCUCCUCCUCCUCCUUCUUCAUCGAACAUUACAGAUCCAGAUAGAACAAUGAAUCAUCAAUCCAACUCAGAGAAGACAUCACUAACACCAACGCCAAAGUCGAAGUCUUUGAUUUCUAAGGUAGCACCUGUAUCAAUUCCAACACCAACCAUAACCAUAUCACCAUCCUCUGAUUUUGUGACACAGAGUGAAGAUAUUAAUGAUGAAAGAAACAAAAACGAAGAUUUAUUCGAUUUGCCUGCUUUACAGCCGGCAGUAAGUUUUUCAAGUACCAAAACAACUACUAGUACAUCUAAUAAUGAAAUUGAUAGUAAUAAAUCAUCAAAAGAAUUCGUGGAAACCGUUCGAGAAAUAGAAGGUGAUGAUUCUCAAGAAUUAAGCGGUGGAGAUAUUUCGUAUGAAGAUAAUAAUAUCAAGAACCAACUCCAAGAAGAUGAAUCAGUUGUUUCUCCCGAAGAUCACUUCGAACUUUCACAAGAGAGCAUUGAAGCUGAAGAUCAAACGCAAUCUUUCAAUGAUUCUGCCACACAACCAUUAUCUCAACAACAUGGAUUACCUCCAAGAAAAUUAACAUUUGAUGACGUGAAGAGACCUGAGAGACCGAAUGCACCUGUUGAAUUUACAGAUAGUGCAUUUGGAUUCCCUCUUCCUGCAUUAACUGUAUCUACUGUUAUAAUGUUUGACCAUAGAUUAGGAAUCAACGUGGAAAGAGCUAUUUACCGAUUAAGUCAUUUGAAAUUGAGUGAUUCCAAAAGAGAGCUACGAGAACAAGUCUUACUGAGUAACUUUAUGUAUGCCUAUUUGAAUCUUGUAAAUCAUACUUUGUACAUGGAACAAGUUGCUCAACAGGAAACGAUAGAUAAUGUUGAAUUUACCGGAGAUGAUGCGAAUGAUCAUCAAAUGAAUAUGGUGACUGGUAAUGGUGGUAUAUACAAUGAUUCAAACGGGUCCAUUUUAAUACCCGAUAUAUAA